CAGGAAGAAGUGUUUGCUUAGAGAUGGUGCUAGGACAGAGAGGCUGUGAACAAGGACAUUACCCAUUACCCAAGCAGGAGCAUCCAUCCAGAAGACAAGGAACCCUGCUCACCGCAACAAAUAUUAACUUAUCAAAAAGACUCCUAUCUGUAUGCCAACCCAGGCUUCCAGAAAAAGGUCAGGUCCCUGAAUCCCCAUCAUCAUGAACUGGCAUAUGAUCAUCUCAGGGCUUAUCGUCGUAGUGGUCAAAGUUGUCGGAAUGACCUUUUUUCUGCUGUACUUCCCACAGGUUUUUGACAAAAGUAAUGAUGGAUUCAUCCCCACGGAGAGCUAUGGAACCACUAGUGUGCAGAAUGUCUCACAGAUUUUUGGGAGAAAUGAUGAAAGCUUCAUUCCUACAAGGAGCUAUGGAACAGUCUGUCCAAAAGACUGGGAUUUUCACCAAGGAAGAUGCUUUUUCUUCUCUACCUCUGAAUCAUCUUGGAAAGACAGCAGGGAUUAUUGUGCAACAAAAGGAUCCACAUUGGCAGUUGUCAACACUCCAGAGAAACUGAACUUUCUUCAGGACAUAGCUGGUGCUGAGAAUUACUUUAUUGGUUUGAUACGUCAGCCUGGACAGAAAAAGUGGCUCUGGAUCGACAACUCUGUAUUCAAUGGCAAUGUUACCAAUCAGGAUCAGAACUUCGACUGUGUCACUAUAGGUCUGACAAAGACAUUUGAUGCUGCAUCAUGUGAUGUCAGAUAUCGCUGGAUCUGCGAGGGGACUGCCAAAUGAUCAUAGAUCUCUACAAGAAUGGAUCUUUACACAGCCAGCAAACGAGAUUAGCUGUGACCGAAUCCAGUCCAGGAAAUAUAGAGCUUCAAAGACUGUGACCAUCUUCCAUAGCUGGAGUUCCCUAAUGAAUCCUCGAAGUCAAUAUGUUACUCCCUUUCACAAACAUCUUCACUUGGUAAAACUCCUUUUCUGUACCAGGUAUUCCCGAAGACCACACUUCCUGUGAGAGCAGACUGGAUUCUAGUUAUCUCCAGACAGGGCCAGGUUUCUGGAGAUGAAAUCGAUAUGGAAAUUCAGUCUGUUUCUGUAGAGAUGAGCCUUUUGACUAAUCAGUAAAGUUUUGUCUGUUGACAGAACUGCUUCAUCCUUAGAGAACCUGCCAACACUGCUGAGGAGAAAAUGCCCGGGGAACAAAUAUGAGAACUGUUAGGAAACACUAUGGACAGAAGAAUAUAAACUCUCGGCUUCACAACUUCCCCCAUUCCCAAAAGCCUCCCAUUCCCAUACUCCAUCUUAGAAGCAGAGGCCCUCCUGAAUUGGGGGAGGACCUCUACAGCUAGACUUGGAGCUGAACAAAUAUUCAUGGAAUGAAGAAAGCUCUAAAUAGGACAGAGAUAAACGAGGAGGAUAAGGAAAGAGAUAGGAAGAAAGGGGAAGGAAGUGAGAAGGAGGGGGAAAGGGAGUGAUGGGCAGAAGAAAAAGAGACAAGAGGGGCCAGGAAAAACACUCAAGCUAAAUUUGUUUUCAGGUUUUGGAUAAAAGUCUAUUAUGACAUAUAUAAUACUUUUUCAUUAGAAGAGAAAAGGCAAAAUUGGGGAUAAACAGAAAUCAUGAGAGAUGAAACGGAGGUUAAUUUGAUCACAAUGAAAGAAAGGCAGGAAUGAAAACAUCUUGGGCACCUUAACUGUUAUCACAAGAAGACACAAGCUACAUAAAGUAUAGGAGAAAAGAGAUGUAUUGGUUGUUUUAAGUAGCAAUAAUAAAACUACAGAGAAGCCUUUAGAAAGCUAAAGGAAUUAAAGCCACUCAAUAAACAAUUCAUUAUUUUCAACUAAUAGCAAUAUGUAUGUGCAUCACUAGUCAAAAUAAAGUGUAAAUUUGUUAUUACAA